CUCACUUUUAAGCAGUCACCAGGGAAGGAGCCUCUCCACCCAGCUCGGGCCCCGUGGGGGCGACACUCCCCUUCCGCAUACUAUAAGGGCUGCAGCUGGCCCUGGGCGCUUCUUCCCAGAUCUGCAGCAGCUGGAGCCGGACCUGCUACGUAGCAGCCUUCACCAUGGAGCAGCUGAGCACAGCCAACACCCUCUUUGCCUUGGAGCUGUUCCGCACCCUGAAUGAAAACAACUCCACAGGAAACAUCUUCAUCUCUCCCUUCAGCAUUUCAUCCGCCUUGGCCAUGGUCUUCCUGGGGACCAAAGGCAACACGGCGGCCCAGCUCUCGAAGACCUUUCAUUUCGAUGCCGUUGAGGAUAUCCAUUCAAGGUUUCAAAGCCUGAAUGCUGAAGUGGGCAAACGUGGAGCUUCCCACAUUCUGAAACUUGCUAACAGACUGUAUGGAGAGAAAACCUACAGUUUCCUUCCGGAGUUCUUGGCUUCAACUCAGAAAAUGUACGGUGCUGACUUGGCCCCCGUGGAUUUUCAACAUGCCUCUGAGGAUGCAAGGAAGGCCAUAAACCAGUGGGUCAAAGGUCAAACUGAAGGGAAAAUUCCAGAACUGUUGGCUGAGGGUGUGGUUGACAGCAUGACCAAACUUGUGCUGGUGAAUGCCAUCUACUUCAAGGGACUGUGGAAGGAGAAAUUCAUGAAGCAGGACACAACCGAUGCUCCAUUUCGACUGAAUAAGAAAGACACAAAAACAGUGAAGAUGAUGUAUCAAAAGAAAAAGUUUCCAUUCGGUUACAUUCAGGAUCUGAAGUGCAAGGUGCUAGAGAUGCCUUACCAGGGUGAAGAACUUAGCAUGAUCAUUCUGCUGCCUGAAGACAUUGAGGAUACGUCCAUGGGUCUUAAGAAGAUUGAGGAACAGUUAACUUUGGAAAAGCUUAAUGAAUGGACCAAACGUGAGAACUUGGAAACCAUUGAUGUCCAUGUCAAAUUGCCCAGAUUCAAGCUGGAAGAGAGCUACACCCUCAACUCCAACCUUGGCCGCCUGGGAGUGCAGGAUCUCUUUAGCAGUGACAAGGCUGAUCUGUCUGGCAUGUCAGGAUCCAGAGAUCUCUUCAUAUCAAAAAUUAUCCACAAGUCCUUUGUGGAAGUGAAUGAGGAGGGAACAGAGGCAGCCGCCGCCACUGGAGGCAUCGCUAUGUUCUGCAUGUUGUUGCCCGAGGAAGAAUUCACAGUGGAUCACCCAUUCAUUUUCUUCAUUCGGCACAAUCCCACAGCUAACGUGCUCUUCCUUGGCAGAGUUUGUUCCCCAUAGAAGAGACUUUGGAGGCACAAGGCAGAGCUUAGAGUUUUAUUCCCUGAAAUUUUAAUGAUGAUAAUUUUCAUUUGUCCUUGCCAAUAAAACCUCUACCCAGAAACUGA